AGCACCGGCAGCGGGGCCGCAGCACCCGCCGCGCCGGGGAGCUCGCUGCGGCUGCCGGCGGAGCGCUGGCGAAGGCGGCCGGGGCCCGGGCCCCCAGGGCAUGCCGCUCCAAUCAACGCCUAUACGGGAGCGCAGCACUUGGCUGGUCCCUGGCAGUCGGCGGUGGAAAUGAGAAACACAACCAAAACCAGCCUCACAAGUGAGAAGUGACCUUUCCCUGUCAUGGUUUGACCUUUGCAGGCCUGUACUUUCAGGUCAGCUGCUACAGAGUGGGGACUGUUUCCUUCAUGAGAUCCGCAGCCAGGCGCCAGGACUGUAUAAAGCUGUGUCAAGGCCAACCCCUUGCAGAAACCCCUUUGGCGCCCGCCCACCAGUUAGUAUAACUAUCAAGGCAGAGCCUCCGUGAUUUAGAGCCCCCCAGACCACUUGGGUCUGUCGACAGACCCCAGUGAACCCCAACAUCCAGAUGAGAGAAUGGAAGCUCCCUGCUAUUCCCAGCCAUGAGCUGCUGUAACAUCCUUGGGUCCCUCGUUUCCCCUCUCCAUGCCCCAGCUGCAAAAGCAACGCCUGCACAGAUGAAGGUGCACGCUGCUCUGCCGGCGGGUGGUUUCUGUGGGAGCACGACGGCCUUGCCAAUAAAUGGUCCAGCCCACAGAUACCAAAACAUUUCUUUAAAGGAGUUGCACUUUUAUUCCUAGACCAAAUCACUGGGAAACAGAAGGGGACAGCCUGAAAGAAGCACCUCUCCUAGGUCUGACUGACAGGUUUUUCUUCAGAAAUUCUGGUUUCACAGAUAUGUCUUUGCGGCACCGGAAAGAAGAAAGCGGGCACAUGUUUUGUAAAGUCGGGGGGUUGGUUAUCUUUCACAGAGUGGCUGUCAGGAAGCGGCAUCCAGUCACCUACACUGACUCUGGCCUUCUGGGGGCAAAACACCCAUGAAGCCCCCGCCAUCUCUCCCCCACAGCAAGGACCAAACCAGACAGUCUCCUGCAGUUGGAAACCCAAAUGUGCAGAUAUUUUCCUGUCCCAGGUGCUGCCUGAGAGUGAAUGAGGAGGCAGGAGAAGUCUGAAGGAACUGAGCGGAGUCCCUGGACUCUGCCCCAACCCAGCGGAAACGUGCUUGCGGGGAAGUGCCCCAGGUCCACCCUGGAGCCCUCAGAUAUAAAGUAACCCAGCAACAAGGUGUUUCCUCACUUCUAAUUUCGGCAGCUAACACUGCCAGGCACAGAAUACCAAACGGAUGAGUUUUGCCUGCUUUCUGCUGAUCACACAGCUGAGUUAACCUCACAUUUCUGUUUACCUCAACCACGAUGCCUGGGGCAGUUUCGAGACUGCAUGGAUGCAUUUGCAAAGCUAGCACUGGAAAGGGCAUGAAGUGUCGUUUUAUUUAUUGCAUGGAGCGAUGGAAGAGAGAACUGCCUGACGCAUCGCUGCUUGGCCCACGCGCUCCUUGUGGUCCCCGUGGCUUGGGGCUGGGCUGAAGUCAGAGCCUGGCCCUGGCCCCGCCUUUCUCGUCUUUUUAAAGGUUGUAAAAAGCAGUCACUCUCAGUUUGCUGCUCCGCUGUUUCCUCUUUUGACUCUUUGCGAAAGGAGAAAGCACUUCAUGUCUUGGCGUGAACUCCUUCCCCCCUGCCUGGUGAUCAUAGCAGGACUGACAGGCAUCGUGCUCCUUUGCGUGUCUACUAAAGAUGUGUCCAUCACCCCUCCCACCAAGUAUGGCAUUGUUCUGGACGCUGGCCCAUCCCGCACCAUCCUGUUCAUCUACCAGUGGACCACCACAGCAAAGUCGACCGGGGUGAUCAGGGAAUGUAGUUCCUGUCCCAUACAAGGUCCAGGAAUCUCCACCUACUCAGAUUCUCCUCAGGAAGUAGGGAAGAGCUUGGAGCCAUGUUUGAACUGGGCCCAGAAAGAGAUCCCGGCAGAGCAGCACAGCCAAACCCCCCUCUACUUGGGAGCAACCGCCAGCAUGAGGCAGCUGAACCUCACCCAUCCCAUCCUCUCUGAUGGUCUCCUUGCAGCCCUGACUGGGGCCCUGAAGUCAUCCCCCUUUGACUUUCAGGGGGCACAAAUCCUGCCCAGUCCAGAUGAGGAAGCAUUCAAGUGGGUUACUGUUAAUUAUGUUCUGGAGAACUUCUUCAAGUACAACUGGCAAGGACAGUUGGUCCCCUCUGAGAAGGGGAUGGCAGGAGUCUUGUCCAUGGGAGGAACCUCAGCACAGCUCACUUCCACGGUGGAAGAAGGGAACCAGGCACCAAAAGAGGGAGUGAGGCUGCAGCUGUAUGGGCAGACACACAACGUGUACACCCAACACUGCCCCUGCCACGGCACAGACCAGCUCCGCAGCAGGCUGCUCUCUAUGCUCAUUCAGGAUCAGAGAAGUGCUAAAACUGUGUCUAAUCCCUGCUGGCCCCUCACCUACUCCCGGGAAGUGCAGUGGCAAUCAGUGCAUGCUGGGCCUUGUGCUGUCAGUCAUGACACAUCGGAUGUCCCUGACCCGGAGGAGGUCUUCAACAUCACCGGCUCCAGCAAUUCCACCACCUGCAUGAGACUUGUGCAAAGCCUACUCAACUCUUCCUGCAGCUUCUUCAAGCAUUAUUCCCCCAGCAGUGUUUUCAAGCCCCUCCAGACCAGGUUUCUGGUGAUUUCUGAGGCCAUGGACUUCAUGAGAGAAACUGUACCCUCACCUGACUUGGCUCAGGCAGUCAACAGGCUUUGUGGGAUGUCCGUCAAAGAGCUGGUCAAGGAGUCCCAAAUGAACCUGGAUACACUUUCUGAUUACUGCGUUGUGUCUGCCUUCAUCUUUCAUCUCAGUACAAAGGGAUACACGUUUGACUUGAACGAGUCUGUCUGGACCACAUUCCAGAAGCAGAUGGGUGAUGCAUCAGCUGGCUGGACUCUUGGGUACCUGCUGACUCUGACCAACACCAUCCCCCAGCAAAGCUCACCCUUCCUCAAGGGGAUUGAAUCAAAGGUCUGGUCUUUGCUCCUUAUCCUCUUUAUGGUGCUGCUCACUGGCUCUUUUGUGCGUAUCUUGUACCGAGUGAUGGUCAAGGAAAACAGCUUCAGCCGGAACAGCAGGGUUUUUGACCAUAACUGACGGUUAUUCUGGGAUUCGGGACUCUUGCCAGAGGGCAGUUAACAGGGUACCUACAGAAACUGCACAGGUGUAAGUCACUGGAGGAUGCAAGUGAUUUUCCUGCAGGACUCCCAGAGCCUCGGUUCUUUAUUUCAACUUGCUUGCACUUGCACAUUGAGACAACGGACCCUGCUCCACAGGAAGCCUGUGAUUCCCGGUGGAUGGCAAGAUAUUCAUUCUCCAAAUGAGAGCAGCCUGCACAGAUCCUGCUUUGGCUGCAGCCGAGUUUACUAGUGUCAACCUAAUGAAAUGAUACCCCUGAGCAGGCAGGCCCUGAGCUACUGUAAAGUUAAUAUUGAACAAUCCUGUCUAAUCAGGAGAGGUGGUGUCUGAAAAGGUGCUCUGUCCUCUUCUGUGCCCACAAGAGAGGCGAUACCUACAGUAUCACCACUAGUAAAGACUGGAACAGCAUUAAAAUAUAAUCAGAAUAUCACAGCCAACUCGAUUCCAUGUUCUAUGGCAAAAGCAGGUACUUUCUGCCAGCUACUACUGAUCUGUCUGUUCUUCCCCCUCAGUGACAGUAUCCAGCAUUCCAGCGAAUGCUCCUGCUGACCGAGAAUCCUUCAAAAGCAAUGGUUUUUGGUCUUGGUCUCUACAAAAUGUGCAGAGCAUCAAAGGAGAAGCAAAGGGCACAGACACGCAGCUGAGUUCCUGUCUCUCAGCUGAGUCAUGGCAAUGGCAAUGCAGGGUUAAAAUUGCCAAUUUAAACUCUAACCAGGGCUUAAAUGAACAUGUUUCAUUUCGCAUCUACUAAAAUUGGGUGCAUGCUGUGCUGAAGUUCACCAUUUGCACUGAACUGCUUGUCUCACUGACUCUGAAAAUGAAGAAACUGUCUAAUAUUGUCCUUUAGAGAUGAGCAGAGCCAGGAACAGAAGCUUCCCUAAUUGUCAGUCCAACGACUUGCAUAUUGGACUGUGACCAGAGUUACUUUAUAAUUCAAUACUCAGGAUUCCUCUGGGACUUGGCGCUUGUUCCAGCUCCUCUGGUCUGGUCCAUUCUGCUUGUCUAAAAGAUGGGCUGCUGUACAAAUUCCCUGUAUUAUGGUAAAGAAGAGGGAGGGACUCAGACUGACACUGUCCUUUGACUAAAGCAUUUGCAGUUCACUUCUCAGAUUGCUUCAGAGACUCAAACACACAGGCUGGUAAAAGCCAGAGACAAGUGUCUCCAACUCAUUUCAGACCACUUUAAACACAAAUUUACAUGCUCACAGAGGCAGUGAUGUGCCUUGCAGGAUUUUUAAAGCUACCAUGGCACCCAAAUCCUUUUAAAUCCGAUUACUAAUCCCUUGUGCUCCCAACUCAUAUAUAGAAGACAACCCCCCCACCACAAUAUUGGGGUAUUCAUAAAUUUUCAGGCCAAUUAAUGAAGGUUUGGAACCUGUCAGUCAAGUCUGGAGGGGUGUGGAAACAGAUUUAAACAAGCUUCAUAUUCAUUUCUUUGAGUUGCACGUUAGAUAUUUUUAAUUAUAUCAUGUUAUUAAAGAUGUUUUAAUAGAC